AUGUGUGCGGUGUGUGUGCGUGCGUGUGUGUGUGUGUGUUUGUGUGCGUGUGUGUGUAUGAUGUAUAUAUGUAUGUAUGUACGUAUGUAUGUAGGUAUGUAUACGAAAAAGUACGUUAUGCAGUGUUCAUUUUUUUUUUAUAAAAUACAAUGCGUCAGAACAUUGUAAAUUAUUAAUUUUUAUUCUAUGAAAAUACAUUAAAGUUAUUUAAACUUUUAUUAUAUAAAUUAAAUAAAAAAAGGAAAAUAUAUUGAAAAAUAUAAAGUUUAAAUCGAUGAUUUGCACGUGACAAUAAUCACGUGAUCACACAUAACAUACCUAUCUUAUAGGCUAGUUUAAUACAUAUAGAGUAUAUUUUCAUCCCUCAUAUGAUAAAAAUUUAAUUACGAUUAUAUAUUAAAAUAAUUAUAUGUUAAUAUUUAUCGAUAAAUUUUAUCGAUCUCGAAUCCAGAAACUUUUUGACGAUUUUGAGAUCUUAUGAAAAAAAACACCGAGAAAUAAACAUGAUUAAAAAUAUUAUGGUAUACAUUGAUAAUGUAUUUUAUUAUUGUAAUUCCACUAUAUUUUCAGAUAUAUAUAGUUUCUGACUCUUUUCUUUUAAUUUAUACAUGAUAUGUAUAUAUAAAUAAUUUGAAACUAUAUAUAUAUAUAUAUGUUCAAUACACAUCAAUGUAAAUUACCAAAAUAUAUAAAUUAUUUAAUUUUUUUAUAUGUUUAACUCACUUCACUGUAUUUUCAUAUUUAUUUCCGUAAAUAUAGAAAAGUAAUAACUUUAAGCUAAAUAUUUAUAAAAAUCAUUAUGUUUAAAUUAUAGAAAUAGUCUACAAGUUUAUAAUACUUAUUGCGUUUAAAAUUGCUUUAAAAACGAUUUGUUACCUUAAUGCUGUACUUGGAAUUUGAAAUAAGUUUAUAUCACAUACACAUUACGUAAAAUAGAACUAAAAUAUUAUAAUUUGUCGUUUAACCUUUCAAGAUUUAGUUUGUUCCUUGGCUAUAUAGCACGAUUGUGAUUGAAGAAAAGCGCAUGCGCGAAGCUGAAAAUUGUGUUUAGUAUUAAACUUUCUUCAAGUUCUUAUGUAUAUUAAGUACGUACUGUAAUGUAAGCAUAAUAAAUUAAUUUAAAUUAAGUCUCCUAUAAUUGCAUGUAUUUGAUAAAUGUUAUGAUAUAAUUUAAUUUAUUUCUGAGUUACUUUAAAAAAUCGAUAUUUUUUACUUUGGCAAAUUGUAAGGUUAUAUUAAGAGUUUUCUUUUAUAUACAUAUUUAGAAAUGAAUAUCUCAUUAUCUCAUGAAUAUCUCUUUAAAAUUAAUGUUGUAUUAUGAUUAUUUAAUAUAAUAAAUUUUCCUAUACUUUAUACUUUUUAAAAUUAAUUAUGUAUGUAAUUGUAAUGUAUGUAAAUGUAAUACAUAGAAUUUUCUUAUAUGUUUGUAAAUAACCUUACAAUAUUUAUCAAAUAUAUAUUAGUAUUAUUAUAUAUAUUAUUAGUAAAGAAAUCUUAAUUAUUUUAGUGUUUAUAAGAAAAAAAAAAUACUGAGUAUUUGUAGAAUAUGUUUACAGAAAUGGCUGGUAAGAGGCCUGCAUCUACAGACCUAAAUCAUGAUAAUUGGGACGAUGAAGAAAGACCUGAAGAAGCAGGAACGUUUAAAAAAGCUACUGAUGAUGUAAUGGAAAAACGUAUUGUUAAAAAAGCUAAGAGACGUUUACAAAAUUUAGAAGAUACUACCAGAAGUGCAUUUGGUACAUUUAGAGGUUUUAAAACAAGUUCAACUCAUGCUUCACCCUUUAGUUUUUUAGCUAGUGGUAAUACUAGCACUAGUACUAAUGAAAUUUCUUCUAAAACAACUGCAAAUGUAAACAAGUCUUCUACAAAUAAUGAAACAAUAAAAACCAAUGAAAAUGGAACUAAUAAAAAGGAAAAUACAGAAAUACAACAAACUUCAUCAACUAUAUCUACUAGUAAAAAUAGCAGUUCUGAUCAAGAAGAACAAAAUACAUUUAAAAAAUCUGAUUACUUUGCUAAAUUAAAAGGAUUAAAUGAAAGUGUAGCACAGUGGAUUAAAACUCAUGUUGAUGCAAACCCAUUUUGUAUUUUGACGCCAAUUUUUAAAGAUUAUGAAAAGUAUCUUAAAGAAAUUGAAACCAAACAUGGAAGUGAGAUUGAGAAACCAAUACAAACACAAUCUAGCGAUAAUAAAGAAACUACUAAUACAGACAAAAAGAAUGAAAGCUCUCCAUUUGGAGGAACUAGUGGAAAGUCGCCUUUUACUUCUACAGAAUGGAAACCUGAAAAAUCAAUUUUUGGUAAUAUUAGUGCAGGUUCUAAAUCUAUAUUUGGAAAAUCAGAAAAUAGUGUAGAUACUGGUAAAUCCAUUUUUAGUAGCACAGAUCAAAGUUCAGAUUCACAUAAAUCUGUUUUUGGUAAUAUUGAUCAGAAAUCUAGUAGUAAAAAUAUAUUUGGAAGUACAAAUCCUGAAAAAAAUCCAUUUUUGAGUAAACCAUCUAUCACACCUGAUAAAUUAGAUGAGCAAGAAACUAAAUCAGAUGUGAAAUCUACUAUUACUACCACUAAUACUACUACUAGUAGUUCUUUUGUUACAUCAAAUACAACUACCUUCUGUUUUGGUCAAAGUUCUGCCACCAAUAAUACAUCAACUGGUUUUAGUUUUGGAAGUACUAAGCCAUUUACAUUUGGAGCUCAAGUAGUUCAACCACAAGAACCUGAGGAUGAAGGAAAAGAUGAUGAAGAUGAUGAACCACCAAAAGUAGAUUUCAAACCAGUAACAGAAGAGGGCGCUAUAUAUGAACAAAGGUGUAAAGUUUUUAUUAAAAAGGAUGGUAAUUUUACUGCUCGAGGUGUAGGAACAUUAUUCCUAAAACCAACUCCAAAUGAAAAAACACAAUUAUUAGUGCGAGCAGAAACUUCUUUGGGGAAUUUAUUGCUCAAUACUUUAUUAACCGAAAGUAUUCCAACGAAACGUAUGAACAAAAAUACAAUAAUGUUAGUUUGUUUACCGAUGCCUGAAUCUACACCACCUCCAGUACCAAUUUUAUUGAGAGUAAAAACAGAUGAAGAUGCUGAUGCAUUAUUGGAAGCACUCAAUAAACAUAAAAAAUAA